GAUGGAGGACAUAUUGUACAUUACAGAGUUUAUUUGUUACCGGUUACCUUAGCCGCUAGCUAGCUGCUGCUAGCUACUCAGCUAGCCGACCUGUUGCUGGAGGCUCGGUGCUCCGGGGGUGUGUUAGUGUUUCCACCUCUAACGUUAGUACAGAAACUUUGGACCGCUGGUUCAGAGCCAGCUGGUAGCAGCAGCAGCUAGCGUUAGCAGCAGCUAGCGUUAGCGUAACUGCCUGCCCCCGAGUCCGUACUGCACGGUCCGGAGUCGAACCGGCGACUUGGGGUACAAUAGGCGGACACGCUAAAAGCUGUGAGCUCUGGUGUCGGUCGCCAGUGCGUCUCUGAAGGUGUCGGGGAGAGAGGUUUACUCACUGCGCCGCCUCGCUGUAAAUCUGUCCGUCAGGAAACUUCACAAAUCGCUAGCCGUGUCUCCAUCACCGUCUUUUCAGGCCUAUUUUGAAGCGGCGCGUUAGAAAAGGUCGAUGGAGACGGCAAACUUGCAAAAAAGUUUUUCCGCUCGCUUGAGGUGUUUUUUGUGGAGAAAGAGAAAAGGCGCUAAACGGGAGAUGGAAACACGUUUGUAACUCACGUCUGAUCAGCUGUUUCUGCUGUCGGCGUCUCGCCAUAAUGCGCUGAAGCAGUUUGCCCGCUUGAAACACAUUCCUGAGGAUCUCUGUUUCUCUAAGAUCUUCCGGUUCUGUUUCUGGUUUGAACCCAGACGUCUUGUUUAUUGCAGCCGUGUGUAACUGACGUAACGACGCUCGCCGUCGCCUGGUUUCUACGCUCCAAACCAGCUGAUGGAAACGCACAGAUGUUUUUUCUUUUUUGUGACAUUUCAAAAGCUUAAAAUUCGCAUGACAUUCAGAAGGAAACACGUCAGAGCAGCCGUAGGAAAAAUAUUCCCUUCAGAACGGUAAAAGCAGCUUCUGAGACGCCGAGCGGCCUCCGGCUCCAUGAGCUUCUCCGGAACGUGGGCUGCUUCAUGUGGGGGAUGUAGCGCUUGUUGGUCUUGUGAUGUGACGUCUGAAGGAGGAAACGGUGGCGCUCUGUCAGCUACUGAUCUACGUUCAGCUGUAAGCAGUUUAUUGGUGUCAGUUCGCCAGACGCCCGGCGUCCUUGGGGGGGGCAGAAAUAGGUGAAAACUAAUAUGAAAUGAUGUUAAACAUUAUAUAAACCAUCGUCAUGGAGAGUGCUUAUACAUUUCAAAUAUAACAAUAAGAUGAAUGAUCUCUGUUUUUGGUAGUAAAAGUUAAAUAUCCCCGUUGACCAAAAAGGAAAGCUCCACAUUGAGCGAUCACGAUGUUGCCUAGUAACCAAAUCUGGUUUUCAAAAAAGGAAAGAGAGGGAAGGAGGUCACUGUUAACGUUGAGAGAACUACGCCCAGACUAAAGUGAUUACAGCUGUUAACGUUGAGAAAACUACGCCCAGACUAAAGUGAUCUACAGCCGUUAACGUUGAGAGAACUACGCCCGGACUAAAGUGAUCUACAGCCGUUAACGUUAAGAGAACUACGCCCGGACUAAAGUGAUCUACAGCCGUUAACGUUGAGAGAACUACGCCCAGACUAAAGUGAUCUACAGCCGUUAACGUUAAGAGAACUACGCCCGGACUAAAGUGAUCUACAGCCGUUAACGUUAAGAGAACUACGCCCAGACUAAAGUGAUCUACAGCCGUUAACGUUGAGAGAACUACGCCCAGACUAAAGUGAUCUACAGCCGUUAACGUUAAGAGAACUACGCCCGGACUAAAGUGAUCUACAGCCGUUAACGUUAAGAGAACUACGCCCAGACUAAAGUGAUCUACAGCCGUUAACGUUGAGAGAACUACGCCCGGACUAAAGUGAUCUACAGCCGUUAACGUUAAGAGAACUACGCCCAGACUAAAGUGAUCUACAGCCGUUAACGUUGAGAGAACUACGCCCGGACUAAAGUGAUCUACAGCCGUUAACGUUGAGAGAACUACGCCCGGACUAAAGUGAUCUACAGCCGUUAACGUUGAGAGAACUACGCCCAGACUAAAGUGAUCUACAGCCGUUAACGUUGAGAGAACUACGCCCGGACUAAAGUGAUCUACAGCCGUUAACGUUGAGAGAACUACGCCCAGACUAAAGUGAUCUACAGCCGUUAACGUUAAGAGAACUACGCCCGGACUAAAGUGAUCUACAGCCGUUAACGUUAAGAGAACUACGCCCGGACUAAAGUGAUCUACAGCCGUUAACGUUGAGAGAACUACGCCCAGACUAAAGUGAUCUACAGCCGUUAACGUUAAGAGAACUACGCCCGGACUAAAGUGAUCUACAGCCGUUAACGUUGAGAGAACUACGCCCGGACUAAAGUGAUCUACAGCCGUUAACGUUGAGAGAACUACGCCCAGACUAAAGUGAUCUACAGCCGUUAACGUUGAGAGAACUACGCCCAGACUAAAGUGAGCUACAGCCGUUAACGUUGAGAGAACUACGCCCGGACUAAAGUGAGCUACAGCCGUUAACGUUGAGAGAACUACGCCCAGACUAAAGUGAGCUACAGCCGUUAACGUUAAGAGAACUACGCCCGGACUAAAGUGAGCUACAGCCGUUAACGUUAAGAGAACUACGCCCGGACUAAAGUGAGCUACAGCCGUUAACGUUGAGAGAACUACGCCCGGACUAAAGUGAGCUACAGCCGUUAACGUUGAGAGAACUACGCCCAGACUAAAGUGAUCUACAGCCGUUAACGUUGAGAGAACUACGCCCAGACAACAGCUGGCAAGGGGCCCAAGAUUCCUGGAAGAACUCAAGAUCCACCAGGGAUCCAUUGGGAUCCAUUAGGAUAAGAAUGCAUCCAGACGGAGAGAAAGAGGAGGAGCCCAGUGCAUCAUGGGAAGUCCCCCGGUAGUCUAGGCCUAUAGCGGGUUAACUAAAGGACGGUUCAGGACUCACCUGAGCCAGACACCUGGUGAGGUUUGGUCUCAGCAGGACCGAGGACUUCGUCUGCUCGUGUUGUAAAACGUGUUAAACUGAAUGCCUGAUGACCUCUGACCCCUGCGGUGAUGUCACAGAAGGCCGACAUAACCGACGGCGAAUCCAAACUGAUGCUAAUCACUAAUAGCAUUUCUCGUUUACCAUCAGUGUCGAUCAUGUGAUGCUAAAUGUUUACGGGUUCUUUGAAUGUUUCCACAGUUUAAACACUAAAAACUUUAACGAUAGCUUCAUGCUAAGCUAACCUCUACAAAGUUCUGUUAUUUUUACAAACGCCUCAAGUUUACUUUUAUUUUGAAAUAAAUUAUUCACAGUAUCAAGAAAUUUUCCAAACAGUUAUGAAAUUUGAAUAAAAUUAAAUCAGUAUUUCAAAAUAUAGAAAAAUGGCUUUUCUGACUGAAUGAAUUAAUAAAAUAAUAAUAUAAUUAUAUAUUGUUAUUCAUUUAUUCACAUAGAAUUUAAUACUUGUUUAUUUAAUGAUAAAGUCGGCAAAAACAGAAAGUUCCUCUCACGUUCAACUGCUUUUAUUUUCAGCAAACUCAACGCGUCUAAAUAUUUGUUUGAACAGAAAAAAACAGAAUAAAGUUUCAGACAUGUGUCCAACAAUGUGGCCCUGAGAAAAGGGAGGUCAAAAUCAAAGUACUCUGGUCUGCUGCGGGUCCCGUCUGGUCCAGCGAAGGUGGGUUUGUGCCCAGAGGCUGCUGAUCCGGUCUGUUGCGGACCUGCCUUCCUACAGGCCUACAGGCCCGAUCCUGGACGUGAUCUGCGAGACGAUCAGCUGUCCUUCCUGUCUCGGGCCCCGGCCACAUCUGCAGUCCUCAGGCCGCCUCGCAGCAUCGUGUCUAAGGCGCGUUCAUGCAGACGAGCAGAAACCGGGCGUCUUGGUGUUCUUCAGAGUCGGUGCAGAGUUUUAUAACUGUGACCUUAACCGGCUGUUGGUGUCUUAACGAAUGUUCCGCAGCUGCAUGUUCAGUCAUUGUUUUUGGUUCAUUGAACAAGCAUAAAAACCUCGUUUACGAGAAACAGAACUGUGUCCUGAAAAUGGAAAAUGUUUCUUUAUCUUCAAUUAAAAAUCUAAAACCCAGCAUUAAACAGAAGCAGAUAAACAAACACUGUUCGUGGUUAUCACUCAUUUGUCGCUGUGUUUUGUACCUUUUUAAAUAUAAUGUCUUUUAUCUUUAAAACUUUGGGAUCAGAAACUGUAAAGCUCUGUGGAGUUUUUCCUGCUGUGAGCUGCUCCUGCACAGUGAUGCAUUGUGGGACAGCGUCCUGUCGGAGCGCGGUCAGUCGGCAGGUGGGAGUGUCGGACAGGAAACACAGAAACACACGUCCGACAGUUUCUCAUUCAGACUUCACUGUAAAAAUACUCUGUUAGGAGCAGGGGCGCCGUAUAGUGGGGGAAACGUUAGAACAGUUCCCAGGGGACCCAAAAAAAUAGGUAAAAACUAACAACAAAUUAUUUAUUUAUAUAAAACAUUGAGUAUUUUAAAUAUAAUAAUAAAAUGAAUGAUCUCUUUGUUUUUACUUGUUUUUGGCAGUAAAAGUUCAAAAUCCCCAUUAACCAAAAAGUAAACCUCCAUAUUUUAACGGUCCACCCCCCCCUGUAUCUGCAUGAAAUGGUUUGAUCCUGCCUCAGGGUGCAGCACAGAUGCAGUCAGUAGAUGCUGCAGAAACACAGUGAUCACAAUGUUGCCUAGUGAACCAAAAUCAGGUUCACAAAAAAUGAAAGAGAGGAAAGACAAAGGAAAAGACGUCAAUCUGUCACCCAGUUUUUCUGCAUGAAAGGUGGGCGGCCUUUAGUCUGCGAGUUAUAUUAACCUGUUGGCUUAACGUCCACAGUGAAAUAAGCUACAGACAGGUGUUCAGCCUACAUUUCCUCAACAUUUAAUCAGUGCAGGGAAGAGUUUAGCAAGAUAUUCAUAUUAAAUCAUUGUCCCUGCACCUUUUAGCAGACGAACUAACUGCCCAGAACUGCAGCCUCCCUGUCCCAGUGAAGAAGAGGAGCAGCAGGGGGUUAAUGCCAGUUAGCAUCAUGCCAGGGAGGCUGUGGGGAUUUCUCUGGCUCUCAGAACAAAAAAGAAAAUGAAAUAUUUCUUAAUGACAGAAAUUCAAACACAAAUCAUUUUCUGGCGUAAUGAUCCUUAUGUAAUAAAUAGAAUAAAACACCUUCCUGUCUGUCCUGGAUGCUGGACAGCAGCUUACAUGUAAAUUACAGACUAUAUUAAAAUAAUCCAGUUUGAGACGUUCGUUUAGACUGAAUUAUGGCCGUUAAAUCUAUAGAUAGUUAAUUUUACUAUAAAAAUACACUGAGACUGUUAAAGAUGUUUUAAUCUUGCAUCAAAUAAUAAACUGCAUCCUGUGUGCAGACUUGCACACAGGAUGCAGUUUGUAAAAAUCAGCAGCAGUAAAUAUUGUGCUAGUACUAGUAUUGAACUACAAGAAACAAGACAGCUGUGAGCCUUUAAUGAGAGUUAUUUUAUAGCUUUUGAUGGGACAGUUAGGUCCUAGAGAAGUGGUGACAACAGCUGUGCAGAGGGGGUCCAAUUAGAUUUUUUGUCAUGCGGCCCAAAGUUUCUGGCCGCUCUGCUGGUUAGGAGUAAAAGUCCUGCAUUAAAAUGUGACUUUAGUAAAAGUACGUGAGUAUAAUCAGGUCUUAAAGUAUUAAAGCAGUAAACUGUCACAGGUUCUUCUUCCUCCUCAGUAAAGUGCAGCAGGAUGUUGAGCUGCAGCUCCUUCUCAGCUGAUCAGUUUCAGACUGCAGCUGAUGAGUCUUUUCAUUCUGGAUCAGCCUGCUGAUUAUUUCCUUCCUUUCCCAAAGAGACGCCUUCAAACAUCUCAGUUAUUACAAUCAUUGAGAGGAGAAGCUGGAACAUGAAUGGAUUUUGCAUUAAACGAUCAAAAUAUUUGCUGAUUACUCUUCAGUCAGUCUAAUAAUCCUCCAGCUGCACUUUAGAAACUGUUGGAGUUCCAUUUUAACCAAACAUCAGAUUUUAGAAACUCUUCAUGUGAGUAAAAAUCUGACUUUGUAAAGUAACUGAAUCUGUCAGAGAAAAACAUUUCCCUCUGAGACGGAGCAGAAAGUACUCAAGUAAAGUACAAACACUUACAGUAAAAGUCCUGAGUUACUGUCAGCAGGGGGCAGCAGCUCGGACUUCCUGCAUCAACACACACACUCAACAGCGACCAAUCGGACCGAAGAGGAAAACCGCUGACCAACCAGAGGCUGCUGUCUCUGCUCUGUGGCCCCGCCCACGGGGUCUAUAUAAAGACCCUGUCAGAGCCCAGGAGCUGAACCAGGAACUGAACCAGGAGCUGAACCAGGAGCUGUCACUACCUGCUGUCCAGUGCUUGUGCUGAAUCGUGAUGGUGGUCCAGGUGAAAGGAGGUGUGGAGGUGAUGGAGGGGAACCAGCAGAGCCUGGAGGCCAACAUCCUGCUGCUGGGGGCCCACAGCGUCGGGAAGUCCGCGCUCACCGUCAGGUUUCUGACCCGGAGGUUUAUCGGAGAGUACGGGGACAUCGAGUCCGUUUACAGCCGAGUGGACCGGAUCGCCGGUCAGAAGGUCUGCUUCAACAUCUGGGACUCUGUGUACUCACAGGACGGAGAGCAGAACCCGUCCGUCAGUGUCAAACAGCUGCAGUGGGCUGACGGGAUGAUCCUGGUCUACAGCAUCUGCGACCGCCGCAGCUUCGACGUGGUCCGCCAGCAGCUGCAGCAGAUCCGCCGCAUCAGGAAGCCGUCGUCCGUCCCCGUCGUCAUCGUGGGGAACAAACAGGACCUCCGGCGUCACCGCAGCGUCUCCAGCGAGGAGGGACGGCUCUUCGCUCUGUCCCAGCACUGCGGCUUCUUCGAGGUGUCGGCGGCCGAGACGUACCACGGCGUCCUGCCCGUGUUUCACCGGCUGGUCGACCUCGUCAGAGAGAGCCGAGCGCUGAGGAAGAGCUCGGCCGGCGUCCGAGGGAUCGUCCGGAGCGUGUCGGCCGUGUUCGGCAAGAAACGAGCAGAGUAGACGGGAAGGAAAGAACUCGCUGGAGGGAUUAAAACCAGAGAAGAAGAGUUUUUACUGCGCCUGACGUCACAGUGACAUCAGAGCGAUGACGCCUUGUCUGUCGCUUCAUGAGAAGAGGUCAAAGGUCAGACGUGUGAUGGACAGAAGCAGGUGGAGAAAAGGUUUCCAUGGCGAAGUUUGUAAAAGCAAAGUCAAAGACGUGUUUUUGUUCCAGAGCGACGAGAAAACACGUGAGGAGCCUUGGAGGCGAGCUGCCGCCAUGGCAACGACUGACAUAUCUCAGCAGCUGAUGGUUCCCUCAGGAUGAAGAACUUUUCCUCAUCAGGUCAACGCACUUUAGUCAAUGACCAAACACCUGCAGAACUGGCGACGUUCCCAUCAGCUGCUAAUUAGCUAAUGUUAGCAUGCUAACACGCUAAACCAGAGCUGCGGUCUAGCAGCCGUGGUGACAGCCGGUUGAAUCCUCUAAAAGCUGCUUCACUGCUUCCUUUCUCACCUCCUUCAGCGCAGGGAACACUGGCGCUCCUUUAUGGAUGGAGGGCCAGAACCCGGACUUUGAACCAGGAGACCGGGAGUUCGUGUCCCGUGUGAAACAAAACAACAUAUAAUAUUACGUGUUAACUGACCUACGUAGUUAUUUUAACCCAAACCAUGAGCUCUUCCGAACCUCAAUCAGGACCAACCUGCAACGUUUCAUGACUUUAAUUAUGUGCCGUUUCAAAAUGCUAGUUUUAUUUUGAAAGAGACAUAAUUUCCCUUGUGCUGUAAUAUCCUGUGAAUAAAUACAUUCAUAAUGCAGAUGUAGUGUGAUGCAAACAGACGUCAGCAUGUUGAAACGUAUUUUUAUUGCCUCAGAUGUUUGUGAUUUUUCUGAUUAAAGUCUGAAUGAACAAA